AUGCUUUCCCCGCGCACUCAAGCCGCAGGACUCUACAGCGACACGCCAGAGGGAGAUGGCUCCCGGUCGCACCGGGCCUCGCCGGCCGUUCCGGAAGAGAAAGCGCCAACGCAGGGCGGCGACAGCGACUCCGAAGAAGCGCCGUACCUUUCCGAUACUGAAGCCCCGUGCGCACGCGAGUCCCAGCAAGCCCUGCUUUCGAAGAUUGAAGGGUUGGAAGAGGAUGUGGAAAACUUGGAGAAGGGCGUCGAGCAUUUCAGGCGGGAGAAUCAGCAUACUGAGGCGCAGUUGGCUCGUAUGACCAACAUAAAGAAGGAUUGGGAAGAGAGGGGCACGCUGGCAGAGGCGCGAUUGACCAUCGCGACGCACGAGAACAAGGGCCUCCUGGAAGACCUCGGCCGCGCUCGGGAAAGUCUCUGUGUUGCUCGCGAGGAGCGCAACCAGUCCCGCGCUCGGGCGGAGAAGGCGGAGCGCAAGAUUCAGCGCUUGGAAGAGGCGCUCGCUAGCCAACGCGAUGUCAAGAGGAAGCGCGCCCGUGUCGCCUCCGACUGA